AUGGAAUACCAAAACCUCCAACAAUCAGUCCCCAACGGAGAUUCGUCACGAAAAAACGAAAAGGCAACCAUGCCCUUGGGUGACGGUACACUAUUGCCAUCUAGUGAACCACAAAGCGAUUCUGCAAUCCCAAACUCAGAAACUCAGAAAGACGCGUCGCAACGCCAUGGCUUUGUCCAGAAUAUGUUUCAGCAUUGGGAAGUGUACAGAUCAAAACCAUGGAAUAUGUGCCUUUUACUACUACUAGGCACUGCCUUUGCUGUUGGACACCACCUCUUCUACCUAAAUCUUGAUGGGAAGACAGCCACAGAACAAUCCCUCAUGCUUCGAUACGGCACAAUCCUCGCAUUUUGCGCCAAGGCUAGUCUUGGUACAGCAGCUGCCAUAGCCUUCCAACAAAGAGCCUGGCUAGUUAUUCGUCACAAAAUGGCUCGUCUCCAUACCGUGGAUUCUAUCUUCACUGCCAAUACCGAUAUUUUCUCAUUGUUGACCUGGUCGUCCAUCAAGAAAGCCAAGAUAGGCACUCUUAUCGCCAUCUACUGCUGGAUAACUCCGCUAGUGGUUGUCUUGACGUCUGAAACUUUAUCUGUUGUGGUCGGAUCAAGGGUAGAGAAUGGAACGUGUCCGAAUAUCCGGACUUUGAACUUUGCAAAUGAAAAGUCGACUUAUUGGCGCGACCCCGUUAUAAUCGAUGAUCAUCAUCUUAUCUCGGUGUCGCAAUGGAACUCGACUACUCCAGCGAACUUGAUCAAUUCGACUAAUCCCAAUGAGUUUGACUACUGGCAUGCCCCAUCUCGGCAAUGGCAAGACAUGCUCGCGUCCAGGGUUGCUUUAUCGAACGAACCUAUUGUCCGGAAAGGAGCAACGGAUGAAGUAUGUUCCAACAGUUGGAACUGCUCCUAUGUCAUCGAUUUUGUCGCCCCAGGCUACAAAUGCGAACAACUUGCGUCCGGAAUAGACUCUAAAGUAAGAAAUCUUGGACAGUCAAAAGCACCUUUCAAUACGAGCGUCCUAGCACCAGUAGGUGAUACUUUAUAUUAUGCAUUGAACGACUUGGGCGAGUACGGGAACCCGCAGAUGAAUUCUAGUAAACUAGGUAUCCCGAUGCAACCUCCCCCAUACCCAAAGAACCUGGGCGCGUUCAGAGCAGAGCCUAUCAUGUGGAUCGGCUAUUGUACUGUCGAAGAUUACUCGAAACCACAGCCAUCGAAUAGAGGUGAUAAAGGAUGGGACGACGCUUACACGCCAGUUAUCAUCGGCUGCGAACAUUAUGAGGUCAACUAUACCAUUCGGUUUGAUAUUGUGAGCGGAGUUCAGUCGCACAAGGUUCUUCAUCGCGAGUAUCUGAGAAAGGUACUCAACACUACCCUCACGUCAGAGAUGGACACGGACGGUAACCUUACCGAUCGAACCAGAGCGAUUCCGGAGCAAAACUAUGUCUACCCUUCUGAUCUUGGUGAAUAUCGUCUCACCGCGGCCUAUCAUUCACUCGGUUACGCUCUUCGACACACCUUUAAUGGGACAACAAAGAUGCCACUCUUUGAUGUCAAGUCAAAUCUACUUUUGACUCCGUUGAUCAGUCGACUGAAUUAUCUUCCAGUAAAGAACCUGGGCGAAGCUAUCAUACAAAUGUACGAGAACAUGAUUAUUUCGUUAUUGGCAGAUCCGUCCUUCCAUGUUGUGUCAUGGGCUUCCAACGGUAAACCUUCGGGUCCGGGGAAAGGUGGAUCUUCAACAAAUUAUCCAUGCCAAAAACAACAACAUGUCAAUGUGUUUAAAUACAAUGCUGUUCAGCUCCUAGCGGUAUACGCUGCAAGUAUCGCGCUGGCUAUAGCAGCGGUUUUACUGGGGAUACAUGCCUAUCGAGAAGAAGGCAGAAUGCUUGAUAUGAAACCUUCAUCCAUCAUCGCAGCUUCGAGGGCAACGGAACUCCAUGAAUCAAUUAUGAAUGGAGAGGCUAGGAUUGGUUAUGGAUUUGUGCAAGACGGUGACAGAAGUGUCAGAAGUUUCGGGGUGGAAGGUAAAGUGGCACAACCACGAAGAGUAGAGAGAGAAUGA